GACUCCAGCAUAGGGUGGGACCCUUCCUCCUUCCCUCCAUCUUGGCGGUGGCAUGUGCCUCUGGUGACCAUCAUCUUGCAUCAGCUCACAGUUGGGGCAGAAAACAUUACCAGGGCUCCUUCUCUUCCCCACCCAAAACACACUCAGUCCUUUCACUGACCUGGCUUCUGAUUGGAGGUUGGUUGCCUCGGAUAAUGACCUGCAGGACCCCACUGUUGGUUACAGCCUGUUUGUAUUAUUCUUACUGCAACUUAAGACGCCUGCGGGGUGUGAGAAAAAGUAAAAGAGCAGUAUUUUCGCAUCCCCAGGUACUAGAAACACAGAAGACCGACAGCUUCCAGCUACAUGAAUGGGCCCAAGGUGAUACAUGCCCAUGUUGCCUUCCAGACUGGCUACUCGCCACGAUGAGGGAUCUUCUUCCAUAUGUUGCGUGCUUCUUUGCCUUUUUCUCUGCUGGGUUUUUGAUUGUGGCCACCUGGACAGACUGCUGGAUGGUGAAUGCUGAUGAUUCCCUGGAGGUGAGCACAAAGUGCCGCGGCCUCUGGUGGGAGUGUGUCACAAAUGCUUUCGAUGGGAUUCGCACCUGUGAUGAGUAUGAUUCCAUAUAUGCGGAACAUCCUUUGAAGUUGGUGGCAACACGAGCGUUGAUGAUUACUGCAGAUAUUCUAGCUGCAUUUGGAUUUAUCACCCUGCUGCUUGGUCUUGACUGUGUGAAAUUCCUCUCUGAUGAGCCGUACAUUAAAAUCCGCAUGUGCUUUGUUGCUGGAACCACAUUACUAAUAGCAGGUGCCCCAGGAAUCAUUGGUUCUGUGUGGUAUGCUGUUGAUGUUUAUGUGGAACGUUCUUCUUUGAUUUUACACAAUAUAUUUCUUGGCAUCCAAUAUAAAUUUGGUUGGUCCUGUUGGCUUGGAAUGGCUGGGUCUCUGGGUUGCUUUUUAGCAGGAGCUGUCCUCACCUGCUGCUUAUACCUCUUCAAAGAUGUUGGAUCUGAGAGAAACUAUUCUUAUUCUGUGAGGAAAGCCUAUUCAAUUGCUGGUGUUUCCAUGGCUAAGUCAUACGUGGCCCCUCGGACAGAGACUGCCAAAAUGUAUGCUGUAGACACAAGGGUGUAAGAUGCCACUUGUCAAUCUGCGUUGGUAUAUUAUUUAAUUAAAAAAUCAAUAUAUUCAAGUUAAUAAAAUAGCAUGUCAUCCCAGGAACAUUUAGACUUCAUGUUCAACUAAAUUAACUGCUAGCUUAAUCAAACAGUUUGAAUCUCCUA